UUCAGACAGCCAGAGAGAGGAGAUGGGCUCAUCUCACCAAUUGUAAAAUGGAACAAAAUAGGAAGUUCUUAGAAGUCCUCACAGCUCACUGUACAGCAGGGGAGAUCAACUUACAAGGCAUGCAGGGCCUCAGCUGUGCUCUGACCUCACCGAGAGGCCAGAUAUAUAGUAAUAAGUAUAUGUAAUGCUACAAAAAUAUCAAAAUGACAUACUACAGGAGAGGGUCAGAGACUGCGGACACAGUACAGGAGACGGUCAGAGACUGCGGACACAGUACAGGAGACGGUCAGAGACUGCAGACACAGUACAGGAGACGGUCAGAGACUGCGGACACAGUACAGGAGACGGUCAGAGACUGCGGACACAGUACAGGAGACGGUCAGAGACUGCAGACACAGUACAGGAGACGUACAGGAGACGGUCAGAGACUGCGGACACAGUACAGGAGACGGUCAGAGACUGCGGACACAGUACAGGAGAUGACCAGAGACUGCGGACAUAGUACAGGGGAUGACCAGAGACUGCAGACAUAGUACAGGAGAUGACCAGAGACUGCAGACAUAGUACAGGAGACAGUCAGAGACUGCGGACA